GUUUACUGUGGAAGAAGCAGGAGGGAGACAGAGCGGAGCGGAGCCGGCAGGAGAGCACUCUUCCCCGGAUACAUGAGACCGGCAUUGACCCCCAACUCUCCGGUAUCUUUCUCCAGCUCCGGAGCAGCGGCUGCAGGUUCAAUCUGUCCACCAGCCUUCCAGUGAGAGGACCGACCCAGAGACGACAUAAACAGGAGCGGUCGGCUGCAGCUGAGCUGAAGAUGUCCGAUAAUGGGGAGGUUGAGGACAAGCCCCCUGCUCCGCCCAUGAGGAACACCAGCACCAUGAUUGGUUCCUGCAACAAGGACCCCGCCCCCCUCAACCACAGCUCCAAGCCCCUCCCACCGAACCCGGAAGACAAGAAGAAGAAAGAUCGCUCGAUCCGAUUCAUCCUGACCGGAGGAGGCGAUAAGACCUAUAAGAAAAAGGAGCGUCCAGAGAUUUCCCUGCCGUCAGAUUUUGAACACACCAUCCAUGUGGGCUUCGAUGCUGUCACCGGGGAGUUUACUGGCAUGCCGGAGCAGUGGGCCCGGCUCUUGCAGACAUCCAACAUCACCAAGUUGGAGCAGAAGAAGAAUCCUCAGGCCGUCCUCGACGUUUUAAAGUUCUACGACUCGAAGGAAACGGCCAAUAGCCAGAAAUACAUGAGCUUCACAGAUAAAAAUGCAGAUGCGUACAGUUCCUCCACAACAACGAGCACCAAGGCCGUGUCAGAGACGCCCGCCAUAGCAACCGUAUCGGAGGACGAGGACGAAGCCGAGCCACCGCCGGUGAUCGCCCCCCGACCAGAGCACACUAAAUCAAUAUACACUCGCUCAGUGAUCGAGCCCCUCCCUCUUCUCCCUCCGACCAAAGAUGCAGCGACCUCCCCCAUCAACCCGCCAGCCGCGGAAGCCGCCGCCCCCCCCGCCCCGCCUGCAGAGGGAGCUCCCAGCAGCCCCCCCACUGCGAGCCCUGCCCCCGGACCUUCCCUGUCCCGCCCCCAGGACAAAACCAGGAAGAAGAAGAUGUCAGACGAGGAGAUUCUGGAGAAACUACGGACGAUUGUAAGUGUUGGAGACCCCAAGAAGAAGUAUACACGGUUUGAGAAGAUCGGACAGGGGGCGUCUGGGACGGUGUACACGGCCAUCGACAUCGCCACGGGGCAGGAGGUCGCCAUCAAACAGAUGAACCUGCAGCAGCAGCCGAAGAAAGAACUGAUCAUCAAUGAGAUUCUGGUGAUGAGGGAAAAUAAAAACCCAAACAUUGUCAACUACCUGGACAGUUACCUGGUGGGUGACGAGCUGUGGGUGGUGAUGGAGUACCUGGCCGGAGGUUCGUUGACUGACGUGGUCACAGAGACCUGCAUGGAUGAAGCCCAGAUAGCUGCCGUGUGCAGAGAGUGUCUGCAGGCGUUGGAGUUCCUCCACUUCAACCAGGUCAUCCAUCGAGACAUCAAGAGCGACAACAUCCUGCUCGGCAUGGACGGCUCCGUCAAACUCACUGACUUCGGGUUCUGCGCUCAGAUCACCCCCGAGCAGAGCAAACGCAGCACCAUGGUGGGGACUCCGUACUGGAUGGCUCCCGAGGUCGUGACCCGUAAAGCCUACGGCCCCAAAGUGGACAUCUGGUCGCUGGGCAUCAUGGCCAUAGAGAUGGUGGAGGGAGAGCCGCCCUACCUGAAUGAAAACCCACUCAGGGCGCUGUAUCUCAUCGCAACCAACGGAACGCCAGAGCUGCAGAACCCCGAGAAACUGUCCACGAUAUUCAGAGACUUCCUGAACCGAUGUCUGGAGAUGGACGUGGAGAAGAGAGGGUCGGCUAAAGAGCUGCUGCAGCAUCAGUUUCUGAAGAUGGCGAAGCCUCUCUCCAGUCUGACUCCUCUCAUUCUGGCUGCCAAGGAAGCUGCCAAGAACAACCGCUAGCGAGCCCUGCACUCAUUCAUUUGUCUGUCUCUCUCUCUCUACAUCCCUCCUUCCUUUCUCUUCUUUCUUCUCCUCCUGUUUUUCGGGAGGUGGUGAUGGCUGCUGGGUUACAUAAC